GCAGGUAGAGUGGAGCUGUAUUCCCAACUAGCAGGUAGAGUGGAGCUGUAUUCCCAACUAGCAGGUAGAGUAGAGCUGUAUUCCCAACUAGCAGGUAGAGUAGAGCUGUAUUCCCAACUAGCAGGAAGAGUAGAGCUGUAUUCCCAACUAGCAGGUAGAGUAGAGCUGUAUUCCCAACUAGCAGGUAGAGUAGAGCUGUGUUCCCAACUAGCAGGUAGAGUGGAGCUGUAUUCCCAACUAGCA